AUGCCUGGAGGUCACCUCGUUUCAUUGAGGGUACCAAGUGCCCUUGUCGCACAAUCAUCCCGAACAUCCAUCCUGCCGCUACGAUCAAUCGCAUCACCAGGAGCUAUCUACAUUCCUCGAGGCGCUCGAUGUCAAUCCGUUACAAAGCCAUGGAAAGGUUCACAACCGGAGGAGCAUAGUAUCUCGCGCGCUAAGCAAGGCGAUACUAAGGACCCUGCCGCUUCUGCCGCUGCGUCCGGCAUGGAAGAAAGAGAAGUGAACGAAGGUAUUGCAGAUGAUACCAAGUCGCAAAGCACGACUCAAAGGGGCGGCCGUGAAGAGGAGAGGAAGGCCAAACAGGAUCAUCCAGCGGCUCCGGAGCCAAUACUGGGGAUGAAUGAUGAACGAGGAGGGAAGGGACGAUAA